AUGGCGAGUACUGGUCUUGCAAAGGGAAAUAUGGUGACUGUGUUGAGCAUUGAUGGAGGUGGCAUCAGAGGGAUAAUUCCGGGCACCCUCCUCUGCUUUCUUGAAUCUAAGCUUCAGGAAUUGGAUGGGAAAAGUGCAAGAAUUGCAGAUUAUUUCGACAUAAUUGCAGGAACAAGCACAGGUGGUCUGGUCACCACCAUGCUGACAGCACCCAACAAGGACAACCGUCCCUUAUAUGCUGCCAAGGACAUCAACAACUUCUAUUUAGAGCACUCUCCCAAGAUUUUUCCCCACAGCAGCCGCGAAAACUUUGUGAAUUCAAUGACAAGCUUGUUCGGUUGGGUGGUGGGGCCGAAAUACGACGGGAAGUACCUGAGGUCGUUGACAAGCAGGCUACUUGAAAAUCUAACCUUGACACAGACACUAACAAACGUGAUCAUACCAACCUUCGAUAUCAAGCUCCUACAGCCAGUUAUCUUUUCAACCAACGAUGCAAAACUGAAUGAUCUGAAGAACGCUAAGCUAGCAGACGUUUGUGUCGGCACCUCUGCAGCACCCACUUAUCUUCCAGCACACUACUUUGAGACAAAGGAUGCCAUGGGAAGGACUCGCAAUUUCAAUCUCAUUGAUGGUGGGGUUGCUGCAAAUAACCCUACUAUGAUGGCCAUAAGCGAAAUUCGGAAAGAAAUGUUGAUGCAAAACAGCACCGAGUUAAAUGGCAUGAAGAAAAUGCUGGUUCUGUCGUUGGGGACGGGUACGGCCAAGUACGAAGAGAAGUAUACAGCAGCCAAAUCCUCCAAAUGGGGUUUGCUUAAUUGGAUGUACAACGAUGGCGCCACUCCCUUGCUUGACGUAUAUCUUGAUGCAAGUUCUGAUAUGGUCGACUUUCACGUCUCCACGCUCUUCCAAACCCUGGAUCGUAAGAACACUUACCUCCGUAUUCAGGAUGACACUUUGACCGGAGAUGCAACGGCUCUUGAUCUUGCAAGCUCUGAGAAUCUGCAAAGGCUGGUGGAGAUUGGGAAUGAGCUAUUGAAGAAGCCAGUGUCAAGAGUGAAUUUGGAUACUGGCAAGUUUGAGGAAAUUAAGAACGAGGGUACUAAUGAAGAAGCACUUGCCCACUUUGCCAAGCUGCUUGUCGAGGAAAAGAAACUCAGAGAAAACCAAUAUUAUUGA